ACCAGCAACCCUUUGACUCUGGAGCUGUCCCCAAGAGCAGACGUGAACCCUGGAGGCCGGAGAACCCAGAUUUCUUCUCCACCAUGGAGGAUGAGCAGGAGGACAGUUUCCCAGGAGGGCUCAGCCAGAGCUCAGAAGAUCUCAGCCUGGAUUUGGAGGCCCUGCGGGGUAGCGAGUAUUUCCAGGACCUGGGCUUAGGGGACCCUUCCCACAGCCAGUUCGGAGGGGCUACAGAGAGCAGGACUCCUGGCCCAGAAACUAAGAGAGAUCCAUCCUUGUCCAGCUCAGCAGGGGCCCAAGUCCUGCCGAGGAGACGGAGCUGGGAGAGGUCUCGGAGUUGUUCAGGGAGCAGGCGGAGGCUCAGUCUGGACACUCCAGAUAUGGGGCCCUGUCUCCCUCGCUGGCUGGCUAGCCUGGCUCUUAAUCUGUCAGGAGAGGGCUUGAAGACUUGGACCCAAGGGGGUGUGUCUGGAGACAGGAGCCCAGCAGAACACCCAGGCAAGGAAUCGGGCAGCCUGGAGAAGAAAGUAUUACGGUCCAGAUCCGUGCCCCUGGCCUGCGAGGACAUCGGUUGUCUGGAGCUGGCUCCAGAGUGUGAAAUGUGCACUUUACCUGGCCAAGAACUACAGCCCCCAGUGCUGCAAUGCCUAGAGAAGGACCACGUGGAACCCAACCAUGUGGCCCGGCAGCGGGCUCACCUGUCCACCAGCCCUGGGGGACCCCACUCCAGCCUCACCUGGUUUGAGUUCCUGUCUGAGAACGAAGAUGGCACAAGCAAGAAUGAGAAGCCAGACAAGAGCACCCGGGUGAAGCGGAGCCUGAGCUCCCUCCGCAGCCGGGUCACCAGGCAGAAGGAGAAGGGGAAGAGCCUAGUUCUCAGAGACAAGGCUCAGGAUGCUCGUGAGAGGCGUGAGUGUGCCAACGGCCACCAGCUGGUACCAGGGACCUUCUCCGGCCAUUCCAGCUGUCCCUUGUGUGACAAGCCUUCGCUGAGCUCUGCAUCGCUGAAGGAGCAGCCUCCGCGGGCCACCCUCCUGUCCCAUGGCAGCCCGGUCCCCGCCAGGAAUGUCGGCAUGACGGUCGCUCAGAAAGGGGGACCCCAGACAACACCAAGCCCAGCCGGAACUGGGGUACGAUUCGGACCAGCCACAGGAGAGAUGGAUGAAGCUGACUCUGUGUUCCUAAAACUGAAGCAGGCAGCCGACGACUCUCUGUCACUUACACCCUCCAAUGCAGACUCAGUUUUCCUGGAAGAUCCCUACACUGCCUCACUGAGGAGCGAGAUAGAAGCUGAUGCCCACGAGUUCGAGGCUGAGUCCUGGAGCCUGGCAGUAGACUUGGCAUAUGCCAAAAAACAAAAGAAAGAGGUGGUGAAGAGGCAAGAUGUCCUUUAUGAGCUGAUGCAGACAGAGGCACACCACGUGCGGACGCUGAAAAUCAUGCUGAGGGUGUAUUCCCGGGCCCUGCAGGAAGAGCUGCAGUUCAGCAGCCGGGCCAUCAGCCGCCUCUUCCCCUGCGCUGAUGACCUGCUGGACAUGCAUGGCCACUUCCUGGCCCGGCUCAAGGAGCGCCGCCUGGAGGCCCUGGAGGAGGGCAGCGAGCACAACUAUGUCAUCCAGAAGAUCGGGGACCUCCUGGUGCAGCAGUUUUCCGGUGAAAGUGGGGAGAGAAUGAAAGAAAAAUACGGGGUGUUCUGUAGCGGCCACAACGAAGCCGUCAGUCAUUACAAGUUACUGCUGCAACAAAAUAAGAAAUUUCAAAACUUGAUCAAGAAAAUUGGCAACUUUUCCAUUGUACGGCGGCUUGGCGUGCAGGAGUGUAUUCUCCUGGUUACCCAGCGCAUAACCAAAUACCCGGUGCUGGUGGAGCGCAUUAUUCAGAACACAGAAGCUGGCACAGAGGAUCAUGAAGACCUCACCCACGCCCUGAACCUCAUCAGAGACAUCAUCUCCCAAGUGGACGCCAAGGUGAGCGAGUGCGAGAAGGGCCAGCGCCUCCGGGAGAUCGCUGGGAAGAUGGACUUAAAGUCCUCCAGCAAACUCAAGAAUGGGCUCGCCUUCCGCAAGGAGGACAUGCUGCAGAGGCAGCUGUAUCUGGAGGGCGCCCUCUGCUGCAAGACCACAUCUGGACGCCUGAAAGACAUCCUUGCCGUCCUGCUCACUGACGUGCUUUUACUACUGCAAGAAAAAGAUCAGAAAUAUGUCUUUGCAUCCGUGGACUCCAAGCCACCUGUCAUCUCUCUACAAAAACUCAUCGUGAGGGAGGUGGCCAAUGAAGAGAAAGCUAUGUUUCUGAUCAGCGCCUCCCUGCAAGGGCCUGAAAUGUAUGAAAUCUACACCACCUCCAAAGAGGACAGGAACACCUGGAUGGCCCACAUCCGGAGGGCAGUGGAGAGCUGUCCUGAUGAGGAGGAAGGACCCUUCAGUGAGGCCGAGGAGGAGAGAAAGGCAGUAGAGGCACGAGCCAUGAGACUCAGGGACUUCCAAGAGCGGCUAAGCCUGAAGGACCAGUUGAUCACUCAGAGCCUCCUGGAGAAGCAGCAGAUCUACAUGGAGAUGGCAGAGAUGAGUGGGCUCCAAGAUCCCGGCCAGUCCCACUCCCUCGGGCUCUUCCGUGGGGGUGACCCCGCAGAGACACUGCAGGGGGAACAGCUCCUUAAGUCGGCCAUGAAUGAGAUUGAGGGCAUCCAGAGCUUAAUCUGCAGGCGGCUGGGCAGUGCCAAUGGCCAGGUGGAGGAGGGAGGAGGCCCCUCGGGCCUCCCCCGGAGGGCAGAGACCUUUGGGGGUUAUGACAGCACUGGCAGCCCCAGCAGGAAUGGCAGUUUUAAGAAGAAGGUCUAUAGCAAUGACCCCAGGCCCCGAGAUUGGAGGGGGCCUGCCAGCAGCCCCGACAUGAAACUCGGAGAUGGUGAUGCGCCAAGAGGCAGUAAAGAGUCACGGCAAGCGGGUGAGGUGCUCAAGGCGGAGACUGGCCCCCGUCUGCCCACUAUCCUGGAGUCCGAGCUUGUCCAGCGAGUCCAGACGCUGUCGCAGCUGCUCUUAGGCCUGCAGGCUGUCAUCGCACAGCAGGACAGCUACGUAGAGAUGCAGCGGGCAGCCAUCCAGGAGCGGGAGAAGCAGUUCCGGCUGCAGUCCACGCGCGGGAACCUGCUGCUGGAGCAGGAGCGGCAGCGCAACUUCGAGAAGCAGCGGGAGGAGCGCGCGGGCGUGGAGCGGCUGCAGAGCCAGCUGCGGCAGGAGCAGCAGCGCUGGGAGCGUGAGCGCAUGCGCCAGCAGCAAGAGCUGGAACUGGCGGGCGCGCGCCUGCAGGAGCGCGAGGACGAGGCACGGCAGCUGCGCCUGCGCUUGGACCAGGAGCGCUCAGAUCUGGAGCAGCACCGCCAGGCCUACCAGCAGGACCUAGAGCGGCUGCGCGAGGCCAUGCGCGCCAACGAGCGCGAGCGCGAGCGACUGGAGCGCCAGGACCUACUGCGCAAACUCAAGAAGCAGAACACGGCGCCCGGGGCACUGCCACCAGAGGCGCUGGCCGAGGCCCAGCCCCUGAGCCACACCCCCAGCUUCAAUGGGGAAGGGCUGGAGGGGCCAUCAGCCCCCACCAAAGGGACCCGGAUGAGCAUGCUCCUGUCGGGGGCCGGGCCUGAUUGUGUGGAGCGCCCGGAAGUGGCUCGCCGGGACAGUGCCCCAGCCAAGAGCGAUGUGCCCAUCCAGCUGCUGAGCACCACCAACCAGACCCAGAGGCAGGCAGCUGUGCAGCAGCAGAUCCCCACCAAGCUGGCCGCGUCCACCAAGGGCAGCAAGGACAAGGGCAGCAAGAACAGAGGCUCCCAGCGCUGGGAGAGCUCAGCAUCAUUCGACCUGAAGCAGCAGCUGCUCCUCAACAAGCUCCUGGGGAAGGACGAGAACACGUCGAGGAACCGGCGCUCGCUCAGCCCCGUCCUGCCUGGCAGCCACGGUUCUGUGCCCACCCCAGAUCUCUGCUUCCCGGCCCUGUCUGGGGGUGCCCCCAUGCCCCCACCCCCCUCACCACUGCCGGCCACACCCCUGGCCAGCAAGGAAGAAGCCAGCAAGGAAGAUGUCAUCUUCUUCUGAGGGGUGGAGACCCCAAGUGCAGGCCCUGCUCUGUCCUGCACAGCCUCUGUAUCUCUGGUAACCCCCCCCCAACGUGGGGUGACUAUGCCUGAUCAGCUGACCCCCUUUCCUGCCUAAGCACCCCCCUCUCUGAUGUCCGCCUGGCCAGGUACUGCAGUCUUUGGGUUCUUUGUAAGGGAUGGGGGACCCCCCCCAGGGAUGCCUCCAGAGCCUGAACCCAUGCUCAGCCAAGGAGCUGCUUUGAACCAGAGCACCCUGUUAUGUAGGGAGAAGUGGUUUUCUGGGCAGCAAGAAGUGUGGGUUCCCCCAGGAGCUGGAAGAGACAAGGCCUCCAUGUCAGGAGGCCACCAUGAAGCUUGGGCAUCAUCAGGGCAACUGUAGGGGUGGAUGUUCAAAGCCAGGCAGUUUCCCCUGCAGGGCAGAGACCCCCCCCUCCCCCAGCAGUGACAGAUCCUCAGCCAACAAGUGAGGGAGGCCGUGGGCUAUGGCGGACCAUGGAGCUCAGCUUAAAGGGAGCUACCACCUGUCGCCCUGUGUAACCUGACAUAGAUUUUUUCCAAACACUGUGUCUCAAGAGCACCCACCCACUCCACCCCUCAGCCUGUCUGGGAGGCUGAGCCCUCAGGUCCCAGCCAGAGCAGACACCCCCUAAGUGGAAGGGUCCUCAGUCCCCAUGAAAUGGAUAGGUUUCCCCCCAGGCCCCCCAGGGACUGGUGUCCCCGCCACACAGGCAUAUGGAGGAAAGGCGUAGGGAUAGUGACACAAGUGGCUUGUGUUGGUGCCUCCAACCUUGCAUUGAGCCACUCAGGCCAUGGGUGAACCACACAGGAAAAUGGGCCGAUCUCCAAUGCCCAGGCCCAGCCCGGCUGCUCAGAGCUCAAGCCUGGCUGCCUACAGUAGGACUUGGCAAUAAGACCAGGUCCCAAGCUGCUCACUCUAGUUCUCAUGGGUUCUUGGACCCCAACCAGGGCCAAAUGAGCUUCCUGGGCCCCAGUGAGGACUUGUCUUGCCAGUGCCCCACCGGGCCAUCCCCAACACUGGGCAGGCACAGAGGACUGGAAGCCAGGAGGAAGUGCCCUCCUAGGCAGCAACCCCUGUAAGGCAAGGUUCCCAGUGCCCUGGGGACCAGGCAGGUGCAGACAGUAGCUGGGGUCCAGCCAGUGGUGGUGACAGGACUUGAGAGCACAACAGGUGGCGUGGUAUCCCCUGACUUUGUCCCCCCACGCGUCUUAGAACCUCAACUUUGCGCACGCUGGUCCUCUUCCGUUCGUAACUGUCUCUCCUGUGUCUGGAGCGCCCCUCCCCCAGCACACCUGUGCCAUGUUCCAGUGUUUUGUACUUUUGUACUGAGAUUUAUCCAAGCACUUUAGAAGAGCAGACUAACUCCCUGCUGUUUUAGAACCCUGCCUAGCACCAGUGGCAAUCCCCUUCCCACCGCCCCCCCCCCCCCAGUGGCCACACACCUGUCCCCCAAGCUGGCAUGUUCCAGUCCUAGCCAGAGAAGCCACGUGGUGGGGACCAGGUCCACUCUGUGCACAGAAGGGCCCCACCCAUGGGGGCAUCUCUCCUAGCACCCUUCAGUCAUUUGUAGGGGAGAGCCCAUUCUGUUUGCAAAGGUGGUGGCCAAGUAGCACGCAGGUGUGGGUGAGAUCUGUGCACGCGGUCUCCACCCAUUGCAGACACGAUCAUUCCUGACAGUUAUUUGUGACACCUAACUGCGUGUGAUGUUUCGGGACCAGAUUCUAGCAAUAAAAGUGUCUUGAGCGGA